AUGCCGCACGGCGCGCGAAAUCGCAGGAAUCGCAAGGGUCGCAACAACAGAAGACGCGUUCAAAGACAGCGAACACCCGGCAGAGCUACGAGCGACAACGAAACCACCGUAGAGAGUCCAGAGAGAAUCGACGUCGAGGAGGAGGAGGAGGAGGAGGAGAAGGACGAAGAGGAGACGAACAACUCCGGGAACUUAGAUGUGCACAGACGAGACGAAACUGACGAUCAGCCAAGAAGUAUCGAGAACAAUGAGAGAAACGCGACCGUGGACGUUGACGAGGGGGCGAUCGCCUCGAACGAGAUGCCGUCUCACAAUCGGAGGUCUCAAGAGAAGUGUAGAAUCGAGAUGGGCACCGUGCAACCGGGCAUCAAGGUUAUGAAAAUCACGACGAUCAGUAGCUCGCCUUUGGAGGCGAAGAUCGAUCACAUAGCUGGUGUUGGUAUCGUGGAGACUGGCAGCAAGAUCGAGAUAACAAAGAACGAGGCUAUCGUGACCAUUUCCGAGCCCGUGGACCCGUUCUCUCGCGUCACGACGAGAGCGGACAAGAAAAAAAGCGACUCGAACGAGGAGUGUUCGUUGGCUGGAAGCAACGAGAGGCUGCAGAUCCGCGACGUCAGCGACUGCGACACGGUGGAGACGGAUCACGUGAGGCCGGUAAUCGUCGAAAUGGAAUCGGACGUGGAGAAGGAAAGGACGUGGACAGAGCUGACUGCUCGAGCCGGAUUCCAGCCGGAUUUCGACGAGAGCGACCCGUCGACGCAAGCUCCUGCGGAGGCGAGGCACGCGUGGGACAGCGUGAUGCCGCGCGAGGUGGAGAGGAAGUUGCGCAGCUUCAUCGAGGGUCUAAAAUUGCCGACUUACGCGGAAGACGUGGAGGAAUCGGCGAGAGCGACGACUGGCCGCGGCCGGAUCAGUGGCUCGGCGCGCAAGAAGUCAGAGAGGAGGAAACGCGCCGCUUUCGAGGCGCAACACGCGCACUGCCAGGCGGCUAACAGGUUCUUGGACAUCAUUCAAGAGGAGGGCGAGAAACUGUCCGAAGACGAGGAGCAGCACAUCAGGGAUUUUAUUAACGAGGAGAUCGGCAAGUACCGGCGAGAGAGGCAUUCCUCUAACUUUGAACAGACGACAGUGAAGAUAAAUGUGAUCGACGUGGACGAAGAAAUGCCUGGGAGAAAGGAAGACGACGAGAGGGGCACUGUGAAGCCGGACGAAGCGGAAACCGAGUGUGAAAGUAAGGAAACGAGGGAAGAAUCGAGGCUGAUUGGCGAAGAGGAUUCAAGGGAGGAGAAUUUAAAUUUGAAAGAGAGCGAUGAUACGCGAGAGUCGGAGAGAGAAGGAGAGGAGAACGUUAACGUUAAAGAUGGGGUUGCCGUUGAGGAUGAAUCUGUCGAGGGUAGUGGAUCGUUUAAAAUAGAGGAGUUGGAGGGAAGUAUAGAGGAAGGAGCCUCGGAGAGGAAGGACGACAACGUCGGAGAGAUCGAAGAAGUGGAAAGUGAAAUAUUGAUAACAUUGAGCGGUGACAGCGCGAACCGGAGUGAUUCUGAAUUGAAUAUGGAAGGCGAAACGAACGGACAAAUACUAGCCGAAGAUGCGAGUCAGGUACAAUUAGAUGAAAGCAGAACCGAUGCUGUUGAAUCGAGAGAAGCCAGUCAAGAAAAAGUGGCACUUGUUCGAGACGAUGCUUCGGCGGAGAAACAGUCAGAAAUUUCUGAGAGUUCGAACGUCGGCGAACGUUGCACGAUAAUCGAGAUCCGAGAGAAUGGAGAAGAAAAAUUAGAAUCGGAGGAAAGUCAAGAUUCUUCAGACGUGAUGUCCGAGGAAGUGAAGGUUGAACAAUUGGGAACGAAUGCUGAGAGUAAAACUUCGACAAGCGGGACGUUGAUCGAAGAGACGGCAAGGGAAGAAAAAUUGGAUUUAGGAAAUUCCGAGGCGAUCGAAAAUGGGGAAAAGUCUGCAGAGAUUAGCGGAGAAUCAUCACGUGCGAGUGAAAUCAAACCUGUAAAAGUCAAUGAAGAAAGUGAAACGAAGUCGGAAGAGAUCGAUCGUGAUGAACAGUUAGAUGAGAAUGAAAUGAAAUCUGCAAAAGUUGAAGAAAAAUCGCUGCAUGGAAAUGAAACAAAAUCUAGAGAAACCAAGGAGGAACUCUCACUAGAAAAUGAAACAAAGUCUGCAGAAUUGAUCGAAGAAACGGGGACAGAAUCUACGAAAGUUAAUAAAGAAUUGUUGCAAGAAAAUGAAACAAAAUGUGUAGGGGGAGAAUCAGCAAAAAUCGAUGAAGAAAAAGAAGCAAAACCUACGGUAGUUAAUGGAGAAUCGUGGGAAGAAAGAGAAACAAGCAAGCCUACAGAAAGCAAGGAAGAAUCGUUGCAAGAGAGAGAGACAAAAUCAGCAAAAGUUGAUGAAGAGUCACUUCGAGGGAAAGAAGCGAAACCCACUGUGCCUGUGCUCGACGGAGACUCGCCAGAGGCAAAAGAAACGAAAUCUGAAACAAAAGUGGAGGAAGAAUCGUCGCGCCAAGUUAAAUCUGCGCAGGAGAUUAAAACGAAACCUACGGAAGCCAGUCGAGGAUCGUCGCGAGAGAACGAGGCAAAGUCCGCAGAAGCGAGUGAGGAAUCGUCGGGAUCGAGACGUUUGUCCGCGGAGACCGUACGAACUGAAAGAUUUGCCAAACCAACGGACAUUAAUAUCUCUGAAUCACGUGUAACGAAAUUUGUAAGCACUGAGUCAUCAACGACGAGGUCCUACUCCACGGAGAGUAAGCACUCGAAAAUCGUAUCUCGAGUAAACGGUGUUGAUAGAUCGACAAAAGAGAGAUCUCGUCCUCCGACUCCACCGAAACGAUCCUCCAGUCUAUCGAGCAUCGAUCUCCAGGACAAAACGAUCUAUUCUCGCGUUCACGAUGAUCCAUCAGCCUGUCCGCUGCGUCGCAGAAAAGAAGCCAAAGAGACGACGGACGUUGAGAAUCCUCCCACUCGUCCACCUCUUCCGAAAGAGAACAUCGCUGCAACCGAUGCAUCAUCGUUCGCACAACCUCGCAGCGUACAUCCUUCGCAGGCUCGAACGACGAUUGGCAGCCUGGGAACGCUAUUGACGUUAAUAUCGGGCAGUGACGCGACCGUCGAAAAUAUUCGCGACGCCUUGAGGAACGUGGACCAGCCGGCUUUGGCUCUGCCCGAGAACGCACGCGAGAUAAUCGAUGAUCUAAGGGCGGACGGGAGGUGCGCUUGUUCCGAGAGCGACAGCAUCGAAUUGCGCAAUUGCGUUGAGAACGGCGUCGAUCUUGGCAAUGGAGCAACUCCUGAAAUAACGCGUGACCACUUGGCUCGAAGAGAGACGCGCGAAAAAUCGCCGGUGUCCAAGUCGUCGGGGAAAUCGGUGGCGCGCGUGCCGAUCGAGCGAAUAGUGAAAGUGGUUAUGGAACCGUCGGAGGAUCCCGGCGAGGACCGGCCGACAGUCUCGAAAUCUGGCAAGAUUCGUGGAACGUCGACGGGAGAAGAGAAGAUUGGACCGAGGCAGGCGUUACGUCAUGUUCGCGAGAAGGUUAUCAAGAGCGAAGCGUCAACAACAUUAAGCACGAGGACGGUCGAAACGGAGGAGAGAACGCCGUCGCCCGGCGGCAAAGUUGAAAGCUCGAAAGACGCGAGAGAGUUGACGACCAGCGAGCAAGAGUUCGAGGAGAUAUACAAGUGUUCCACUUUGGGGGACCGUGACCGAAAGGAACGUGGGAAAUGCGAAAGCCCGUCCGAGAUAUUAGACGCUAUUCUGAAUAUGCAGCGGGGACAUUCCACGGAUAAAGAGAAGCUGGAGACGGAUUAUCACGACUCGUCUAGCAGCGCGACUACCUUGAGCACGGUGAUGUACAGUCCGAUGGAUGCCUGGCAGGCGGAUAUUUAUUCGAUAAUAGCGGAAGAGGCGAGGAAGAGCAAGCUUAAGCGGCAGGCGGAGAGAGAAGUCGAGUCAUCGAGUUUGAGAAGCAAACUUCCCUUUCUGAAAGCAGACUUUGAGUCUUUGCACGACGAGGUCCCGGUGACGCCUGAACCGAUACCCUACUCGCCCGUCGAGGACUUGUAUUACGUGCCUGUCGAGAGCAGGACGAAUUACGCGAACGAUCGGUCGCGGGAAGACGAGACUGUCAGCGGGCCAGGGUCCCUGAAAGACCUUUGCAUCAAGAGAAUCUUGUCGAUGCCGUACGGUCUUCACGUGAUCAACGAGAUCACGGUGCCCGAGUUCGACGUCUUCAGAAGCCUACGAUCUAUCCCGGUGUUUGCUAACAACGUAACGAGCGAUGAGAUUAGAGGCGUCCCAUUAAACACGCAUGGAGUGAAUGAGCGACAGGCUGAGAGAGCUAGACUAACGACAGCUUCGCCGGGAUCAAAGCGUCCUGACGCGCGCGAAAUCGCUGUUUCAGACCAGGGUAAAUCAGAGCGAUUAGAACAGAGGCCGCGCCGUCAAACGAGCAUGGCCAGCGACAGCUCGGGCACGUGGGUGGGUUUGUCGACGACCAAGGACCCCAGGUUGCUCGUCUGUUUGUCCCCGUCGCAGCAGAAAACCGCGAUAAAAACGAGCGCCGACGAUUUGCUGGAUCUGCACAAGAAGUUCUUGAACAGGCACAGCUACUUCGACGAGGAACCGCCACGGCGAGUCCCUGUACCCAAGUAUCGAGUCGAGUUGCUGCCGAUCGGCGAGAGCAAGGAACGUGACAGAAAACACGACGGAAAAUCGACCACGACGAGCAGACUGUUGGAAAUUAUCAAGGAAAAUUCCGACAGUUCGAAACGCUCGCGUAGCACGAGACUGCCGAAGUCGAAGAACGAGGCGAGGGUGAAGUUCGACGAGACGAGCCGUUCGGACUCUAGAUCGUCCCACGCUAGGUCGAACACUUUCGACAAGGGUCGAGAGCGGUUGAAAGUCACUCGCUUGUGCGACUGGUUGAACCUGGCGAGAGGCGAGGAGCCGGUGGACGACACGCUCUCCGAUGAUUUAUUAAUAGAACCGUCGGUUGAGAGACGAGAGUUUGAUAAGAGACGAUUCAGCGGACGAAUUCGUGGCAGCGAGCGCGCGGACGUUACGAAACAGCCAGCCGCGGAACAGAAGAUCGGUGGGGAACGAGCGACGCCAGUUCACUUUAUCAGCGCCGCGAGUCCGCCGGACAGGCCGGAGCCACCGGUCAGAAGCUCGACGCCUUUCAACAAGAGCCCGUUGAUCACGUUGAACAGUGCCAUAAUCGACAAGUCGAUUACCGCGACGCCGGACACCGCUGGCAAGAGGACACCGCCAACACGUAGGGCUGUCGACCACUCGCGUUACAACGUGAAUCCGGCGUUGAUCGACGACAGAGUGGAAGUGCCGCCGCGGGUGAAACGCGUGGUGAACGUGGACAAAUCGUGCAUCGACACGACGAGCAUCUUCGAUCAGAAUCCACCGAGGAGUCACCUGCAGCCGCGGCGAUACAAGAACAACGAGGUGGAGGAGAAUGCGAAACACGUGGCGGCCACGGAGAUCAUGCAGAAUCUGAAGAAACUGCAAACCGAGACGGAGGAUCAAUUGGAAGGUCUUGGAAAGUAUUCCCUGUCGCAGGAGUAUUUCGCCCAGCAGUUGAGGUACAUCGAGCUGCUGGAGAAUCAGUUGAAGAACGUGAUAUUGGCGGAAGAGGAGGAGAAGGAGGCGUUCGAGGAAUUCCAGAAUCACGUGAGAGGGGAACGGGAGAGGGCAGGAGCCGCGAAGGAUGAGCCAAAGAGGAAGCCCGUUGACCCGGAUAAGCCUUUCGAUCGGGCUGGAGGGAACGUCUCUGGAGACAGAUCCAAGGACGACGAUUCCCGGGUGGAGAGCCAGAGCUGGCAGGAGAGGUCCGAGAACGUGGAGAGCGAUCGUUCGGAGACGAUCGACAAACACGGUCGCAGGGACUUCUCGAGGAAGGUGCGCCACGAGAACGGUCUGCGCGAGGAGGAAUCGUGCGAGGAGAUCGAGCACGUGGAACAACAUUCCGUGAUCACCAAGAGGGGGGAGAAAGUCGCUGAGAAGAUGAGGCAAGAGAGCGGCUCUCGCGGAAAAUCGUCCGCGGGAGAUAAAACGACGGCUAAGGACGAGCGUCGUUCUCGCAAGGAGAAUACGUCCUCUCAGGUGUCUGACGCACGCAAGGCCGUCGAAGCGAAGGAGAAGUCGAACGCUUCGGCGGUGGUGGUGAACGGCGAGGCCUUUCGACGCAAGAUGUACGACGAGUACGUGCACAAGGUCCUCGAGCGAGAGGAACGGAAACAUCACAAGGUGGUGAAGAUCAGCACGCGCGAGGACAUUCAGCGGGCGAGUAAUAAAUUGGCCAAGAGCGGCAUGAGCGCCGUUGAGAGGGAGUUCAUCGAGAAGGCGAGGAACAGAUUGAACAAAUUCGGGAUUAAGUUGGACGAGAGCGAGCCGGACAACGAGAGUGACAAAGGUGGCGACGUCACGGUGGGGAAAAGCGAGAGAAAAACGACGAACGACAGAAUGCAGGAGACGGAGAAGAAUAUGGUAAAGGCGAAAUGCUUGAUCGACGGGAAGCAGCUCGAAGACGCGAACAAAUUACCGAAGCAUCUGCAAGAGUUCCUCAAAAUGUCCGCAACGUUCGACGACGGUGAGUCCCACCGAGAAUCGAGGAUUGCUGUGCUACCUCGUCGUUGUUUUCCAUUUGCUGCCCAAUUGAGACGUAUCGUGUCCCGAGUGUUGACCGCCUGGAUUUGGAUUUUGAGAGAGACGAACGGCGUGCCGGAUAUUGGAUACAUAUAA